GCUAUGGUGGAUGAGAAUUCUUGAGUGUUUCAUUAAAGUUUUGAAAAUUUCAACGGACUUUUUGUAAUACACAUAUACACAUAUAUAUUCGUAUAUAAAACGAUGUCUCAACCAUCAGUAACAGCGUAUUUUAAUACACGUAAACGACAAGCAACUGACGAUUUACGAAGUAAGGCAAAGGUUUUGCUUCUUGAUCAAGAGCAACCGAAAUUGGUAGGUAUUCAAACCCAGACGUCAAUAAGCAAAUAUGAUUCCGAAUCAUCCGGAACAUUAACUCCGAUUCAAGAAGAAAAGACAAUGGCAACGAGUCCGAAAGUUGUUUUUGUAUCUGGAAAUGAAUCAGUAAGCAAUCGUAUACUAAAGCCAAAUUCAGCUGUUCGGAACAUACAGUUUGAUUCUCCUAAAGCAAGUGUUCAAAAAAUGUCGAAACACAACAUUCGUGCUCGUAUUACACGCUCACGAAAAUUAUCAGGGGCAGAAGGGCAGGUGGAUAUUAGAGAUAGUUUUCAAAAGCUUGCAGGAGAUUUAGAUGCAAAAAAAGUACUUUUUGAGAAGAAAGGUGCUUUGAGUCCAAGAAAGAAACUUCCAGGAUCCCCAAAGAAAGAGGAUAAUUUUGCUGAAAAUUCAUCUAUAAAUAUUUUAAAUGAUCAGUUAUCAGCUAAUUGCACAACGCCAAAGAAAAGUUCAACUAUGGCAAAGCAAGAAUUGUCCUUGAAUGAAAUAAAAAAUAAAAUUAAUAAAUCUUCUAGACUUAUUGAAUUAAAAGCUUCUAUUGCACGCUUCAAGAAUCAUGAACAAAGAUUAGAGCAAUUACAUAAACAAAAUGAUACUAUGAAACCACAUAUUCAAAAGUUUGAAAAGAUUCAACUGGAAAUACCAAUUAGCCCACAAAAAGCAUAUAAAUCUCCAAACAAAACAAUAUUAAGUCCUUUGAAAAAUCAACAAUUAACAAAUGUGAGUCCUCAACGUAGAAUUUUAUUUGAACCUAAAGAAACAACCCCUAGCCCAGUAAAAGGUAGUCCAACUAAAGUACCAGCUUAUCAGCAAUAUUUGUCACUUGCUGAAAGUGGCACACCUGCUUUACCAUUACCUUACCAUUAUAGAUUCUUAGCAGAGGCAUUUAGAUGUAUAGAUACAGUUUCUGCAAUGCUAUUCAAUCGUAAAGAAACAAUAACUUUCAAAAAACUAAAGCCAGCAGUUCAAGAGUUAUUACGUAAAAAUUUCACUUUGGAACAUCUAGCACAAAUUAAAACUAUUUUCCCAGAUGCAUACAUUUAUAGUCAGGAAAAACAUCGUACAUUUGGUUCUACAUCGAAACAAGAUAAAUAUGAGUUAAUUCUUACACCUGCUGUUGAAGAGAAAGAUGGAAGAAAUACUCCAGAUUCAGAUGAUGUUUUGAAAACAGCAUGUGAAGCUAGUAUGGGACCAAGAAUACUUCUUGACAGACGGAGGAAGUUUUACAAUAUUUUACUUGAUAAAGUAAAGGAUGAGCAUGAGAAAUUCUUACAUAGUUUGGAAACACCAAUGCAUGUUCCAAAACAAAAAAUUGUGCGUUGGCAUCCUGAAUUCGAUGUGGAAAGUUGUAAACAAAUUGAACAAGCUGAUUUGCCACAACCACCUAAUGUUGAAAAAACAUCAACUGCAAAAGAUGUUCUUGACAAAGCAAAGUCAUUAUUCAAUUGCGGCACUCGCAUGGAAAAAGCAUUGCAGCGAUUAGCAGAAGCAAAAAUGACUUCAAAGCCUCUUUCUCCAAAGAAAGAUAAUGUAAACAAUUCAACACAAACAGAGGACUGUAUGCGAAAAAUAAAUAUUACUGUCGUGGAUACUCCACCUGCCACACCUACCACACAAAAUAAUUAUCUCACUACAGCACUUAAAGGCAUACCAAAGGCCCUUCUCGAAAAAGUUCGAGCUAAACAAGCUGCGAAAACAUUAGAAGCUAUGACACGAACACCAAAUACCGAAAAGGAGGCUGUAAUGUAUUCAAGACUACCUGAAUUGGUUAAAAUUUUGCGUAAUAUUUUCGUAGCUGAAAAGAAGGGAAUUCUGACAUUAGAAUUUGUAAUUACGAAAUUAGAAAAUUCUUUUAGAGCAAAAUUAACUGCAGCUGAACUGGAGGAGCAUGUACGUUUGUUGUGUAAACUACUACCCAAGUGGUCUAGUAUACAUAAUGUGCGAAAAAUAGAUUAUUUAAAAUUACAAAAAGAAAUCGAUCUUACGAAAGUAGUGAAAAGAUUGGAAAUUAUGGCUAAUGACAAAGUAAAAUCAUCAUGA